CUGCCACCACCACCACCACCAUCACAACUACUCCGUUCAUUCCUUCCACCACAUACAGCCGCCGACUGUCGAGCACAUCCCAUUUCUUCCAGCUUUCCGACUUUCCGAGGCAUGACGGGAUAACACAAAAGGCUAACCCUUGUUAUGUCGGUAUGGAAGAGCAGCAUAGCGCCGACAGUACCACAGACGUCGACACAUCCACCCACAGCCCGGCAGCGUCCACAACCUUGUCAUCUUCCGAGCUGACUUUGAGGUUCCCCCGACCACAAGGAAACCGACAACUGGCCAGCUGGAUUUCCUCCAGCGAACCCGACAUAAUGACUCCCUCAGAAGCACCCGAGGAAGCCACGGCCCUGUCCGAAAGCACAUACGAAUUCAUCAAUACGGAUGACGAGAGCCAGGAUGGUCGUGGCACCGAGGCCGAGUCUCUGAGCUCUUUUGAUUACGCCCGGCCCGAUGAUGUUCACAGCCUUGCUGGCACCGAGCAAACAGAAGACAUGGCAAACCAGUCCGAUACGGAUUCGCAAGACUCAGAGGAUGCUGCGCAGGACAGGUCUCGCGCGUCGUCUAUUCAAUACGCAGAGCAGAGCCUCCUCAGCCCAUCUUCCCGCGUCGCCACGCCGCCCUUGGGGGUCGACAGCUCUAUGGACAUCAGCCAGCAUACCCCACUGGUCCAGUCCAUCGAAUUUGACGAGACGCAAGACCCAGUCUACUUCAAGCAGGUGUCAGUCAAACAUACCAUUCACAGCUUUACCGAGGAGCAGUCGACCUCCAUCGCCAAGACUCUCAACUUCACAGACCAGAAUAAGCGUCUCAUCGCAGCAGUUCGUCAGACCAUGGCGUCACACUGUCUGGCGACGAAGGAACCUCUCCGAAUCAUGUACACGGGCAGCCAUGCAGCCAGACAUGAUAUCAUAUACAAGAUUUCCUCGGCUUUCACAGCGUCGGCGGAUGGAUGCGGCAUCAGUGAAGACGCUGGUAUAUACAACGUCGUGCCUAUUUCAUCUCUUGGCUCUCCCAAGGUCCCCGAAGUCGAGUUGAUGAAGACUUCCCAAUACCAAAUCAAGGUCGAGAAUUGCACGGCUGCAAAGGAGGUUGUCUACCAAGGCGAACGCUUCCUGGGCGAGACGGUAUAUCACAUCACCUUGGACGGCGAUCGAACUUUCCAGUCCGCUUUUGCUCCCAGCGGUUCUAUCAUCGAGCCCUCUUGGACCUUGCCCCAUGUCGCCAUCUUCUACGUCACAGAGAAUGACGAUGAGGCUGCACAGGAAACGCGCAGUGCUGCUUGGCACUUCAUGCAGCGACAUGUUGUGCCUUGCAUCUUUAUCUCCAACAACGAAGUCUUCCACCAACCUACUGCAAUGUGGGAUGAAAUGAUCAACCAGGAUGCCAUCCACAUCUGCGUGGAGUCGUCUGAUCGGGCCAUGCCUUCUGUUAGGCUCCCAAUCGACCUGACCUCAUUUCUCAAUAUCGAUGCGCGCCAGAUGAACCGUAAUUUGGCGUACCUCACCGGCCUGUAUGAUCAUACGGAUGGGAAGAAGAGCAAGUGCGGCUCUAUUCGCAUGAGCAAGACUUUGGGUCAUGCCUGGCAUCGCACUGUCGAGGCCUUCGAAGAUAUCGACCCGUGGGUCGUGGGCCAAACCGCAUUUCUCGUGUUGAGCGUCGUCGCCACUGCACUGCUUUCCAAUUACUUCUUAGCAGGGGUUUCAAACACCCCAGCACUUUCCACAGUCUCUUCUACCACAGCCAGUUCACUGUCACCCUUGACUUCGACAGUUCUGUCGACUUCGACUUCGACAAUCAACCUAUCAGCCACAACGAUUCGGGUGGCACAAAAGGCGUCGGCGACUAGCAACACGGCCGUUGCACCGUUCGCAGAGCUUGCCGACUUCAUUGCAGAUAAAUUUCCCGACAAAGCCUACGUCUGCGCGGCAGAGAAGGUCAGCCGCAAUGAGAUUCUGAUCAAGAUACCCUCCGGCACGAAAACCUCGUGGCUUGCCAAGGAUUCGAUCACCAUAGAUGUCCUCAAGGGCGAGAGGUCGAUUAAGACUAGAUUCUCUUCGACCGAUGAGGGAAUCUUGAUUCAAAUUCCAAAGUCAGAAGCCCAUGGUAUUCUCACCAUUGCUGUCAACACGACCCGGAAGCCCAAGGUUAAUGAGACCUUUGAGGUCGAUUUCGGAAAGACCAUCCUCGAACGUUAUCUUGGAUAUGGCAAGGCUGUUGCUUCCCAUGUCCUUGAUACAGCAAACAGUGUCGCACAUCAGGCAGAGGAACGAGCCUUCAAUCUCUCAAGCUUCAACUUCUUGAGCUUGGACUCCGUCGUAGCCCACGCUAGAGGAUUGUCUACCCGCAUCACCGCGAAGGCUGCGAACACUGCGAAUGCCAUCGUCAAGGGAUCUACAGAACUGUCUGAGAACGUCCAAAGCCUGACAACGUCGCAUCGGUUGCAAGAGUUUAAGGACCGAGCGAACAUUAUCUUCACGAAGGCACAACUUCAAUCUCGCCUACUAGCGUUGAAGGUCCUGCAAAAGACGGAAGAACACAAGAUCUACCUGGACAAGGCCAAGAAGCACAUGGAACAGCUGAGGUCAACGGCGUCCGAGUUUACCAAGCAACGUCUGGAUAAGGAGAAGAAGGAGAUGCGUGCUCGUCGGAAGAGAGAGCGCCUGGCGGCUAGAUGCCAAACGGGCACCGGCUUUUCUAGAUGGACGCAGCAGUGCAGACAGCAAGGUUGAAUCUGAUUUUACAUGCAAGUAUGGAGAUACCUUGGAGGCCGGUUAGGGACAAGGACAGGACGGAACUGGAGUUAUUGGUAUGGAUUUUGUAAUGGCUGUCUCAUCUUUUUGCUUCAUUCGCCCUUCAAUGUUUAGUUAUUCACAUCGCUCUCCCCACUCAUCCCCCAUACUAUUCACAGAUGCGAAGUGAGGCAGGCUAGGGGAAGCACCGCCGAGUUUCCGAGUUUUUAGUCGCUUUGAGGCGGCUACAGUCUUCUUUAUGAAUGAACGGACAGAAAUGAUAGAUUACGAGCAGGCUUCUGCAAUGAUUCUCCAAGUAGUGUCGCAAAACUGCCUACCUUACUUCUACU